AUGGCCCAAGCCAUCACUUUGCAGGCACAGGACAUCACGACCCAAGCCACUAGAGAGGGUGCUCCCUUGGAGAACCCGCAUUCUAGCACCAUGGCUAGUAGACUUAGGGAUUUUACCAGAAUGAAUCCUCUAGUUUACUACGGGUCCAAGACUAAUGAGGAUCCCCAAGAGUUUGAGGAUGAGUUUUACAAGAUUCUUUGUGCUAUCGGUGUUAGUGAAGAGGAAAAGGCUGAGUUGGCUGCAUACAAACUCAAAGAUGUGACUCAAUUGUGGAACAACAUGUGGGAUGAGAUUAAAAGGUUUAUGAUUGGUGUAGAGGAUUUAGAAGAGGAAUGCCGGGAAGCGAUGUUGCAUGAUAACAAGGACAUUGGUUUAAAUGGAUGCUACAGGUGCGGUAAUAGUGGGCACGUGAUAAGGGACUUCCCAAAUGCAAAGAAUCAGGCCAAGGCAGAUACUGAGCCUCAGCGUAAUCCCACUGCUUCAGCCGAACCUCCCAAGAGAAAUCGGUUCUAUGCAUUGAAUGGAAAAGAGGAACAAGAGAAGUCUGCAGAUAUGGUUACUGGUUACUCUCUUGUCUUUUCCUUUCCUCUUUAUGCAUUAUUAGAUCCAUGA